UAUUGUGGCCAGCUGCUUUUAGGUGAUGAAAGUACUACAGUAGGCGACUAAGUGGUUCAAAACUAAGCCCGCUAAACGUUUUGGGUAAAUAAACCACAUUGCGUGUACAUGAAUAACAAGUGUGGGACAGAAUACCCCAAAUCUACACGAAGUCAGCAUACAUUUGGGUGGUGAUCUCCAGUCGAGUUCUAGAGACAUCUCAAAGAUGCUCAAAGGACACAGCAUCCAUCUGAGCUCAAUUUGAAGUGGUCUGAAUGCUAUUAUGGAGGAGGCCAUGUACAGUAGGAAGUGAUGAGAGUCAGAAAGACCCGUCAACUGCUCCUGGUGAUCUGUCCCUUUUUGGUGCUGGGCUUUUUUUACUACACUUUUGAGAGACUGCACGGAUGGGGACAGAAACCACAAAUCGAGACUCAUCAGACCAGGCAACAUUCUUCCAGUCUUCAACUGUCCAAUUUUGUGUAUGACCAAGAGGGAUUUUUGCUGGAGCUAGAUGAUAUGUCUUUAGAGCACUACAAUAGAUAUCUCAGUAAGGAAAGCUGCAAGACAGGCUAUGCAGCUGCAAAGAUGGCCACCCUAUAUCCAGAGUUUGAUAAAUCAGCCCCCAUGUUCCUCGAUAUGAAUUAUAAAAGAUUCUCCAAGAUCAGCAACUUCUACCUACCCUUUGGAACAAAAUGGCAAGAAAGGAUCCUAGAUCUCAUUUUGAUGACCACCGAGAGUUAUGGGCUGGGAGAAAAGCUUGAAAACCUGAAUUGUAAGAAGUGUAUCAUCGUGGGAAAUGGUGGUAUUCUGACCAACAGAUCUAUGGGUGCGAGGAUUGACGAGUACGAUGUGAUUGUAAGGUUGAACAAUGCCCCAGUGAGAGGUUAUGAGAAGGAUGUGGGCAGCCGGACCACCAUGCGUAUCACCUACCCAGAAGGAGCCAUUCAAAAGGCUGAACUCUACGAGAAGGACUCCCUGUUUGUCCUCUCUGCAUUCAAACCUUCAGAUUUCCUGUGGCUGUGUUCCAUGCUCUUUAAAAUUAGAUUGUAUAACGUAGAUAUGUUCUGGAAGUCUGUGGCGCGUCAUGUUCCCAGGGAGCCCCGUGACGUAAGAAUCCUGAACCCUUACUUCAUACAGGAAGCUUCCUUCAGGUUGAUCGGCCUGCCUCACAACAACGGAAAGAUGGGGAUAGGGAACAUCCCGACACUGGGGACGGUUGCCAUAACAAUGGCCCUUCAUAACUGUGAUGAGGUAGCCGUGGCCGGGUUUGGCUAUGACAUGACAGCGCCCCACGCCCCCCUACACUACUACGACAAGAUCAUGAUGGCGGCCAUCAAUGAGUCCUGGACUCAUAACAUCUUUCAAGAGAAGGAGUUCCUGAUUAAGCUGGUAAAGGAAGGUGUUAUACAGGACUUGACCAAUGGGAUAUGCAGCUCGAGGUGCUUGUGACAUCAAAUCAACCAAUCCCAUGUCCCAGAGAUAUAGGACAAACAGGGGCAGAAUUAUUAUGUCCAUAUCUGAGUCAUUUGCUCUGACGUAUGAGAGUGACAGUAUAUUGAACCUUUGUUUAACUACACUGGAAAAAUCUAGAACACCAUAGAACAGGGUAAUUCUAACUUUUUUGCAGGGACCCCAUUUUUAUACUCCAGAAUUUCUGGUGACCACAUGAGGGGGUCAUUGACAACAUCCAAGCACCACUAUUAAAUAUUAGCCAGCAAUAACAAAUCAUACAAUUUGCCCAUUUCUCUGCCUUUCUAAGGCAGAUAAAAGGGACUCACAGUAUGGUGACCCCACGGCAAUUUCAUGUGACCCCAUUUUGAAUGCACAGAGAUACUGUGACGAGAUCCAUUGUUGUGCCAUUCAUCCACAAUCAUCACCUCAUGUUGCA